GUCGAAGGACCUCCACCAUGUUGAGCAAGCUGGAUCUACUAAAGGAGCUUUUGUGCUCCGCCAUGACGCUGAUAUAUGCUACAAAUCCUUACACAGUCCAAAUGAUUCCAAAGGGUGAUUGCCAAUACUGCUGCCCGAUAAUUAAAGGAGACAUGAAACUCUUCUUGAAUGUAUACGAGUUCGGACAAGAGAUGGAAUUCGAUUGGGAGAACAGCAGCGAUUGGCGGUACCUCAACAAUAACCGGACCAACGUCAUCUAUAUCCACGGCUUCACAGAGCAGGCUUCCGGUCCGGCUUCUACGGAAAUGAGGCAAGCCUUCAUGAGUACCGGUCGCGAAAACUUGAUAGUGGUGGAUUGGUCGAGCCUGGCGGCGGGGCCUUGGUAUCACAGCGCGGUGGCCAAUACCAAGGUUGUGGCCAAGUGGUUGGCUGGAGUCAUCGACUCCUUGGUCAUCAGAGGACUCCCUUUGGCCUCCUUUCACGUCAUCGGGUUCUCCCUAGGGGCUGAAAUAGCAGGACUCACCGCCAAGAAGGUCACCGUUGGCAAGCUGCGCAGGGUCACGGGUUUGGAUCCAGCUCUGCCGUUGUUUCACGUCCAUGAACCAGUUGGACGGCUUGCUGUGACCGACGCCGAGUUCGUGGACGUCAUACACACUGACGGUGGGAUCUUCGGCUUCGAUGUCCCGAUAGGGCACGCGGACUUCUUUCCGAACGGAGGUAAGCCGGCACAGCCAGGGUGCAGGAUCGAGUCAGUCGUCCACACAGGAAAGCUCAAUGAGUUCGUUGCUUGCAGCCACAACAGAGCUUGGAUGUUCUUUGCCGAGUCUGUGAGAAACCCGUACGCUUUUCCGGCUUAUAAGUGCCACGACUACCACGCAUUCGUGGCUGGGAAAUGUCCUCCGGAAGGAAAGCAGGCCUACAUGGGGUAUCUUGCCGAUCCCAGCCUCCGCGGUAACUUCUUCCUGGGCACACGACCUGAAGAACCUUUCGGCUUCGGGAGGCACGAAGACCCUCUCUACGACGGGGCCCCGACCUAUCACCAGGCCCUCCAGCCUUCGACUCCAGGUCAAUCGGGGCACUCAGUUCCAGCCACUCAUCCAGGGAUAGACAUGGACCUGCUGCCGCUGUCCCUUCUGGAGAGCAAGGGCAGGUUCAGGGGCCUCAGAGCAGGAAUACCGAGGGCAGACGAGGAAGAAACGCAGUACGACCGAGAAGAGAGGGAAAUGGAGGAGGAAGACGAAGAAGAGGCUCCAGAAAGCUACGAGGAGGAGGUAGAAGCAGUGGCAGCCAUGUACCAGUACCUGUUACCGACCCUAGCGGACAGCCCGGACCUGGAGUUUCAUCUCCUACCGUAUGAUUAUGGUAGGGAGUCCACGGAAGACAUGACUCUGGGAGACCUGGAAGUCGAAGACACUGGAGAUGAUAAUGAUGAAGAUGGAACAAGGGAACGCAGGCGUGUCUUGGACAGCAUAAAUGCAAUAGGAAGUAUACUAAAUAUAUUCAACAUGGAUCAAGUCACUGAAGCCAACAUGUACACAAAAUAAAAAUAACAAUCCGAAAAUUUCCAUUACUCCAUAUGAAAAUAUUGAAAAGUGGUCUUGAUGCAAGAAUGCAGUCCAUACAAUUUUAAAUAUUGUAAAGCCUUGAAUUCUCAUAACACUAAUAAAGUUCCUCUCUAUAAAUAAGGUAUUUAUCUAAAAUUAAAAAAAAUAAUUCCAUUUUUGUAAUUUUAUGAAAUAUUUAUAUAAAAAAUAAUAUUUAUUAUGUAAUGAUAAUGUAUAUAUUUUACAACAUUUUAUACUUUUUUAUAAAUAAAUAAUUGUAUUUUUAAAUUAAA